AUGGUGCGCAUCAUUAUUGCGGCGAUAUGCCUCAUGUGGUAUAUCGUAGUGUGGUUGGUGUGCGCCAUCGGCUUCACCCAAUUAUGCCGAUACUACUCCAAGAGACCGCAGCCCGCGAGCUGCCUCAGAUGCUUCAAAGAAGAGGACCUCCCCCAUGUUACGAUUAUUCGACCGGCGAAGGGCCUCGAACCCCGGCUUUACGAGUGCCUUGCCGCGACAUUCCGGCAGACGUAUCCGAGGAACAAGCUUACCAUAUACUUUUGCGUAUCCUCACGGUCUGACCCCGCCUUCCCGAUUCUCGACCGCCUGAUGCGCGACUUUCCUGGCUUCGAUGCGAAGAUUCUUGUUGAGGAGGAGGAUCCGCUGGCGAAUAAUCAUGGAAGCGGGCUGCAGCUGGGACCGAAUCCUAAGAUCAGGAAUAUGAGUCGUGCGUACAGAGAGGCAAAAGGUGACAUUGUCUGGGUCAUUGACUGCAAUGUCUGGGUUGGCAAAGGCGUAUGCGGACGCAUGGUGGAUUUGCUGUGUGGCUAUGGGGGGGAGAAGCCGUUCAAAUUUGUACACCAGCUGCCCUUAUCGAUUGAUAUGGACGGGGAAGGCAUUUCUACCGAGGAAAGGAAGCUACUACUUGGUGGGGAACAAGUGUUGGAUGGCGACAUUGCAGCAAGCACGAGCUCUGACCAUCGCAACCAUUCUCGCGGAAGGUUCAAGAGGCUGUUACAACGAGGAGGCGGACGUUUGGACGAAGCCUUCUUGUCAAGUGCGCAUGCUAAGUUCUACGUCGCCAUUAAUACUGUCCUCGUAGCGCCUUGCAGUGUCGGCAAGAGCAACAUGUUCCGCCGCUCCCACCUCAACUAUCUGACCCAGGGAAAUCCGGACCGUGCCCCAGGGAUCGACUUCUUCUCCGAUAACAUCUGCGAAGACCAUCUAAUCGGGGACGCGCUGUGGAAGAAACCCCAGGCUUUCGAACAGCCAGGCUAUCAGCCAUCUCCAGGCGAACAUGUAGAGGCGUUUGGAAAACAUUCCCUGCUUUUUGGAGACAUGUGCUUCCAACCCAUUUCACACACUUCCGUGUCUGCUACUAUCUCUCGGCGUGUUCGGUGGUUGCGCGUUCGAAAGUUCACAGUUACGCUGGCUACGUUCGUCGAGCCUGGUACCGAAGCUAUCGUUCACGGCUUGUAUGGUGCGUAUGCGCUCACCACCUUACCAUCUUUCGCAAAUCUCGGCAUAUCUUCGACCUGGUCCUCUUUCUUCAUGGUCUGGUUUUGUAGUAUGAUAGUCUGGUGUCUUGUUGACUGGCUCCAAUACCUCCUCCUACACUCGGCCAAAUCCGUUGAACUUGAUUCCGACACUCCAGACUUCAUUCUCCCUCAACGCUCGCCCGGUACGCGCUCAUCCCCGUCUUCCCACCAACCACUUCUCGACAACAAGGGCCAGUCAACCCCAGGGUUACUGGCUGGGAAUAGGAGAGGCUUCCGACAAUUUUGGUUUGCGUGGAUAAUCAGAGAGAUAUCAGCAUUGCCGAUCUGGGUUUGGGCGUUUUGGGGCGGUGUCACUGUUAAUUGGAGGGGGAAGAGCUUCUGGGUGGGUAUGGAUAUGAAGGUUCAUGAAAUUCUACCCAAGAAGUAA